AUGACAGUAGACAAGGUUGAUUCUCCUGUCCUUGUUUUUGCUUCAACAGGAGUUGCAGCUUUUAAUAUUAAUGGGUCAACAUUUCAUUCAAUGCUUUCCCUUUCUAUAUUAUCUAAAAAUAACUUUAAUAUAAGUGAUAAAAGGUUGAAUCAAUUGCAAAGCAAACUAAGCUAUAUGAAAUAUUUUAUUAUUGUUAAAAAGAGCAUGGUCAGGUGCCGUAUGCUUGCCUUAAUUGACAUGCGAUUGUGGCAAGCUUUUCCUAAACAUAAUAAUAAACAUUUUGUGUAUAAGCAGUUUAUAGAAAUGUAUAAGCUUAAAGUAAUUCAAAAGCAAUCUGAAACUCUUACUACAAGGGUUGAAGACAAAUUAGGAAAAAUCAAGCAAAAGCAAUUCUCAGAUGCUAAAUAUAUUUUACCAAAAUGGUUUAAGGUUGACAAAAUUAAUAUAGAAAAGCUUAAAUCAUUGAAUUGUCCUAUUACAAAGAUCAUUGUCACACAUACUGGCAUUGGUGCAAAAAAUGCAGAUUCCAAUGUAGUGAUAGGUCUUGAAGCACAACUCUUAUUGGCUAAAGGCACCCAAAUUAUGCUAACUGCUAACCUAUGGACAAAUGUAGGGUUAAUUAAUAGAGCCCCACUAUUAGUGCUUCAGACAGAAAGAAAGUUGUUUCAAUUGCACCAAUUUGGUGUAUAUAGAAAGAGUCUUAUUUUGCCACAGGCUAUAGUAGACUUUGGUAAUAAAGAAUUUGCUGCUGGUCUUUCAUUUGUGGCAGUAUCCAGGGUUUAUGCUCUUAACAAUCUAAUGUUUAAACCAUUUAUUUUUGAAAGACUCUAG